GUGUCUCCCGCUUCUCUUUCGCCUCUCUCUCUCUCACUCAACUCAACGCGAACCAGAACCCGACGCGAGGCGUGGCUCGCCGCGAGAUGGUGGCACCUUUACAUUAGUUAUGCUAGUUUGUGUCUGGUCAUCUUUUCAAAAUGGUGAAGCUGACAAUGAUAGCCCGCAUCACUGAUGGCCUUCCAUUGGCGGAGGGGUUAGACGAUGGUCGAGAUCUGAAGGAUGCUGACUUCUACAAGCAGCAAGCAAAACUGUUGUUCAAAAACUUAUCUAAAGGCCAACACGAAUCAUCAAGGCUGUCAAUUGAGACUGGACCGUACUAUUUCCAUUACAUCAUUGAGAGCCGUGUAUGCUAUUUGACAAUGUGUGACCGUUCUUAUCCCAAGAAACUUGCAUUCCAGUAUUUAGAAGAUCUAAAAAGUGAGUUUGAGAGGGUCAAUGGCAGCCAAAUUGAAACUGCUGCAAGGCCAUAUGCUUUCAUCAAAUUUGAUACAUUCAUACAGAAAACCAGGAAACUGUAUUUGGAUACCAGAACCCAAAGGAACCUUGCCAAGUUGAAUGAUGAGCUCUACGAGGUGCACCAGAUUAUGACUCGCAAUGUUCAAGAAGUUCUUGGUGUGGGUGAAAAACUAGAUCAGGUGAGUCAAAUGUCUAGUAGGUUGACCUCUGAUACGAGAAUGUAUGCAGACAAGGCAAAGGAUCUCAAUCGCCAGGCCUUAAUUCGGAAGUAUGCCCCUGUGGCCAUUGUGAUUGGGAUAGUACUGAUGCUCUUUUGGGUCAAGAACAAGAUAUGGUGACCGAGUGAAGCUCGACAUCCUUCACUGUGACGCCGAGAAUUCUAUGUCAACAGAUGCUUCUACAGCUUAUCCCGCAUCUGCCUAUUCAAGCGAGAUUACCAUUUUAGCCGGCUUAUGCUCUCCCCAAACAAGAGGAGCAAGCAGUAAACCCGUUGUGUAGUACUCCUACUAUUAGUAUAGAUCUGAUCCUGAUGCAUGACUUCUCCAUGAAAUCUUGGAGCCGAACAUACUACUCCGUACCUAUUAGAGGUGUAGAUUCGGCCGACAUAGUAAUUGGUCUUCCUUUUGUGAGCUCAACAUGUAAGAUCAGUAGUGGCAAGAUACCGGAAACGGAAACGCUUUGGUCACGAUGAAAUUUGUUCAGCAUGCUACUGGAGAACAGGCUAUGUCAAAUUCAUUUCAAAUUUGCCAAAUUUGUUGGGUGAAAUGUUUUGACACGGAAAAUCAACAUGAUUCUGGCAAUUUCGGACGAA